AUGCUUGGCUCGGCUCUUCGGUCAUCACGGGGACACUUCGCAGAGGGCACGUGGAAUCGGAUAUCCAGUCCGGGGUGCACACAGACGCUGAAGUCGCAGGAAACGCCAGGCAAGUUCGCUUCGUGGUGCUCAGGAGUCGAGCUCGGCGACCGGGCCAACAACUCGAAGGCUGAAGUAGAAUACGCACGCAGCGCCAAGAAGUUCUUUCCCUUCAGUCUGAGCCACAAGAUAGCGGACUUCCCACCCAGGGUAAUGGGGGCCGGUCGCCCGUCUCUUUGGAGGCCUUCGUCGCUUGGCCAUUGUUGUUUGAAGGCACAAAUUGGGAAGUGGGUGCUCUGA